AUGGGGAAAGGAGGUGCAAACACCAGUGAGGUCAGCACUGCGCCCAAGCUGGAUAACACAGUGGUGGGACAGACGUCUUGGAAACCGUGUGGCCCCAGUGCAUGGGACCAGAGCUUUACCCUGGAGCUGGAGAGGGCACGGGAACUGGAGUUGGCUGUGUUCUGGCGGGACCAGCGGGGCCUGUGCUCCCUGAAAUUCCUGAAGUUGGAGGAUUUCUUGGACAACGAGAGACAUGAAGUGCAGCUGGACAGGGAACCCCAGGGCUGCCUGGUGGCCGAGGUCACCUUCCACAACCCUGUCAUUGAGAGGAUCCCUCGGCUCCAACGGCAGAAGAAAAUCUUUUCUAAGCAGCAAGGGAAGGCAUUUCAGCGAGCUCGGCAGAUGAACAUCGGUGUUGCCACGUGGGUGCGGCUGCUUCGGAGGCUCAUCCCCAACGCCACAACAACAGGCACCUUCAGCCCCAGGGCAUUUCCAGGACCCGAGGCCCAGUCCACAGGUGACAGAUCUGUGGAGAAGCUGAACCUCGGGACCGAUUCGGACAGCUCACCGCAGAAGAGCCUGCUGGGUCCUCCUUCCAGCCCAUCGAGCCUGAGUUCCCCAAUCCGGGAAACUACCACUGCUCCCCAGCUGCCUGCCGAGACCCAGGAGACCCCAGGACCCACCCUGUGCAGCCCUCUAAGGAAGUCACCCCUGACCCUCGAGGAUUUCAAAUUCCUGGCAGUGCUGGGCCGGGAUCACUUUGGGAAGGUGCUGCUCUCCGAAUUUCGGUCCAGCGGGGAGCUGUUUGCCAUCAAGGCUUUGAAGAAAGGGGGCAUUGUGGCCCGAGACGAGGUGGAGAGUCUGAUGUGUGAAAAGCGGAUCUUGGCGGCAGUGACCAGAGCACGACACCCCUUCCUGGUGAAUCUCUUUGGCUGUUUCCAGACGCCGGAGCACGUGUGCUUUGUAAUGGAGUACUCGGCCGGUGGGGACCUGAUGUUGCAUAUCCACAGCGACGUGUUCUCCGAGCCCCGUGCAGUCUUUUAUUCUGCUUGUGUGGUGCUGGGGCUGCAGUUCCUCCAUGAACACAAGAUUGUCUACAGGGACCUGAAGUUAGACAAUUUGCUCCUGGACACCGAGGGCUAUGUCAAGAUCGCAGACUUUGGCCUGUGCAAGGAAGGGAUGGGCUAUGGGGACUGGACCAGCAGGUUCUGUGGGACCCCGGAGUUCCUGGCACCAGAGGUGGGGACGGACACGUCGUACACACGGGCUGUGGACUGGUGGGGCCUGGGCGUGCUUCUCUACGAGAUGCUGGUUGGUGAGUCCCCAUUCCCAGGGGACGAUGAGGAGGAGGUAUUCGACAGCAUCGUCAACGAUGAGGUCCGCUACCUCCACUUCCUUUCGUCGGAAGCCAUUGGCAUCUUGCGAAGGCUGCUGCGGAGGAACCCAGAACGGAGACUGGGGUCCAGCGAGCAGGAUGCAGAAGAUGUGAAAAAACAACCCUUCUUCAGGACCCUGGGCUGGGACGACCUGCUGGCCCGGCGCCUGCCACCGCCCUUUGUACCCAAGCUGUCAGGCCGCACCAAUGUCAGCAACUUCGACAAGGAGUUCACGGAGGAGGCACCCACGCUCAGCCCUCCCCACGACGCGAGGUCCCUCACCGCCACCGAGCAGGCCGCCUUCCGGGACUUCGACUUCGUGGCCCUGGGCUGCUAG